AAAUUCCAGAAAAUUUUGUUUUCAAUUGACAUUUAAUACGAAAGUUGUGUUCAAUUAAUACAGUUAUCAACGAAACAAUUCUUCCGAUUCUAUUGUCACCAUUGGAUCCAAUACUUGAGCACUUUGUAAAACCAUUGAAUACUUGUUUGCGGACACAAAAUGGCCGCACAAUUGAAGAAAGACAUCGAAGAGAUUGACCACAAUUUGUCUGAAUUGUUGUCAUUGGAACUGUUGGCCAAACGACAACACGUCAAGACAUUGCUGUCAAAAGAGAGCAAACGAUUGACACAAGAAAAGAGCGAACUAUUGGCCAAACGUAAAGAAUUGGUGGCUUUGGAGUCGUUGGCCAUCGCUUCCAACGAUAGUUCGUCUCCUUCUGUGGCCACUAAUGAGUGUUCGGCCAAAAGUGAGUCAGCAUUGGGUUCAGUGGUAGUGACUAACUAUAUGUGGGACCAAACCGACGAUUUCGUCAAAAUCUAUAUCGAAAUCGACAAAAACUAUUCGUUAGAUUCGACACAAAUUGUGAUGAAUUUCCCGAAUCGGCGCUCGUUUUGCAUAGUUUUUGGAAAAUACAAGUUUUCUGUGAGUCGUCUCUUCGCUGAGAUCGACACCGAGAAGUGUCACCACAAGCGGACAAAAUCGGCCACAAAACUGAUCAUAUAUCUGAAGAAGUCAUCGCCGAAGCAGUGGUCAGAUCUGACAGAAAAGGCCAAUAAGUUUAAGGAGGCGUUGGAGGAGAAGGACGAGGAGAUGUCCGGCGACCCAUCGGCCGGACUCAUGAGACUAAUGAAGCAGAUGUACAACGAAGGAGACGAUGACAUGAAGCGGACAAUUGCCAAAUCGUGGUACGAGUCCCGCAAUAAGAACUCCGACAUCGAUAUGAAACCCGAAAAUCUUGACAUUUGAACGCAAUUCACAAGUAAUUGUCAAUUGAUUUCAUAAAUUA